UCAAACACGAAACAUGAAGACAUCUUUGGGCUUUAAUUGCGGAGGUGCGUUCUUUGAUAAAUUGUGGUAUACCAUUUGUGUUGGGCGUCAAGGAUUCCCGGGGAAAGGCAACUACCCAAGUGAAUGUGUGAAAAAGAAGUGAUCUAAGGAAACCCAAGUGUUAGCUAGAAAUUUCUAGGGGGACAGGGUAGCGUCUCCUUGCCGAUUUCCACCGAAUGUGCUUCUAGAACAGUCCCCGAUUUCCGCGAAAGGUGGUCGGGUAUCCCCUGCUGGGUUCGGCUGGAAAAAUCGCCACAAAACCCAAAGGAUCCGGGCGAACGGCGCUAAGUUGGCUGCCAUAAUUGAGGAUUAGGCUGGGUACGCGUAAAUCUAGCUCCGGGCCAGUCAUAAAGCCAUAAACGGGGAAAUUCCCGGCGACCCGGAUCGCAGAGGAAAACCGAAUGGAGAGAGUCUGCUAAACGGUUUAAGUUUAUGACAUGCAAGCGCGUGACUGGCACCCGCUAAUUACCGGAUCUACCUGGGCGGAGGAUCUACCUGCCGGUUCCGGGGUGCCUUAAAAGGACCUCGGCCCACUGGUCGAGGCAUCAUUUGCUCCAGAGACGUUGAACCAGCAGAACACCCACCAUGGUCGACCAGCAUCACAAGUCCAGCCACAAGUCAGAGAAGAUUGACCACCACCACAAGUCCAGUCGCAGAUCAGAGAAGAGGCGUUCCGACAAGCCGUACAAGGUGAAGAGUCACGAUCCACUGAAGAAACAGAAGAAACGGGCUCUGAAGAAACUGCGUCGCAAGGCCUCCAACGUGAACUUCCCCUACCAACUGUUCCUGUACCGCCAGGAACUAAGGCGAUCCAGCACCGACUUCUCCUACCUUCGCCUCUCCAAGGCCAAAAUAGUGCUGACCUCGCAGCUCAUUGCCAAGAAGAUGGGCACCUGCAAUCCCCUCAGCAGCGUGGAGGAGCUCAAGGAGCUCAGCCGCGAGGUGCAGUUCCAGAAACGCCUCUGCCAUCAAGUGGAGCGCCUCCAACAAUUCCGCCAACUCGGACUCACCGAGAUGAUCCUCAAUGGCAAGAAGACGAUCCUGUAGUCCGUGGAAAUCGAUA